ACUUUCUUAUCUCAUUACACAACUUGUGAUGUUGGCACAUUUUGGUUGUAAUUUUGGUCGCCAUUUCCUUUAUGCUGGUAUUAUAAGAAAAGUUACUCACUACUAUUUCUUUAGUUAUCAGUUCCCAAAAAAAAAAAAAAAUUAUUACUCACUACCUGUCAAAAGAAAAAAGAGGAGAUGUUGACUGAUUUAAUUUCAACUAGAAUGCAACUUUAUGCCUUAUGUUGAUUUGACAAUGUGAAUAGCUGUUCUGUCUAGAUAGUUUGGAGAUAUCUCAUUUCGUAUUGUUGUUUAUUUUCUACGGGUUCUUGGUGAUUAUUUUUAUAAGUGAUCCUUUCAUUCUUGUGUUAAUUUGGCCAUGUGAAUAGCGGCUCUGUUCAGAUAGUUUGGAGAUUUUGUCAGUUCUGUCCAUAUAGUUUGGAGAUUCCUUACUUUGUAUUGUUGCUUAUUUUCUACAGAUUCUUAGUGAUCAGUGUUAUGUGAUGCCUACUGAGGGAAGAAAGCAUUGCCGAAGUUUACCUCCUGACUUCCUUAGCAACCUUCCUAAUAACGUAAUCGAUGUCAUUCUAAUGCGUUUGCCUUGUGAAGAAGCUGUGAGGACAAGCAUCUUAUCAAAGAAAUGGAGGUAUCACUGGUGUAGAAUUACAGAAUUGACGAUUGAUACAUCUCUUUGGGAAACAAAAAAGGAUAAGCUAUACCCUACAGUUAAAUUUACAAAGAUUAUCUACCAGCUUUUGACCCUUCAUGAAGGACCCAUUACUAAGUUCACCCUCGACAUUGCUUCUCUGAAAAGCUGUCCUAAGAUUGACAACUUCAUAUAUUUCCUGUCUAGGAAUGACAUUCAACAGCUUGUUCUUCGGCUUCCAGGGGGUAAACUGUACAACUUGCCUUCCUCACUUUUUACAUGUUUGCAGCUGAGGCAUCUAACUCUUAAUAACUGCUUAAUACAUCCUCCAUCGGCCUUUCAAGGAUUUGAUAGGUUAAUUAGCCUGGAACUACGUAAUGUCACAAUCUCUUCUGAAUUACUCGGGAGUUUAAUAUCUCAUUGUCCAUUGCUUGAGAAGUUGGUGCUGGAAAUCUCAGAAGUUUCAAAUAUAAUAGAAAUUAAUGCCCCCAAUCUGAGAUCCUUUGAUUUCAUAGGCUGUAUAGGUUCUAUCUGUCUCACGAAUGUCUCUCUUCUGGCAAAAGCAUGUCUGCACUGUGAUCGCAGUUCUUCUAUGGAGGCAGACUAUUUUGGUUUUGCAAAGUUUUUUGAGUCUUGUACUGCUCUCGAGGGACUCCUCUUGCACUUCAGUUUUCCUGAGUUAGAGCCUGGCGAACCAGAUGAAGACGAAGUACCAACAAGGCUUCCCUUUGAUGUUAACUGUGUCAAGUGUUUUUACCUGCCUUUUCUUAUUCUGGGGGAAUCAUAUGAGCUCUCAUGUGUUCUUUGCUUGAUAAGAAGCUUCCCAUAUUUAGAGUAUCUCGAAAUACAGGUUGCCAUUGAAGAGGAUAAUGGUAUUGUAGAAUCCCUUGAACUCGAACAUUUCUCAGAUGUGAAAUUUAAUCACCUCAGGGAAGUUAAGAUAGAACGCUUUGAAGGAACAAUGCCUGAGAUGCAGCUUGUCAAGCUUUUGUUAGCCAAGUCCCCAGUAUUGGUGAGAAUUCUAAUUGAUACAUGGCUUCCAGAUGAAGCUAUUGUAACAAGAAUAAGACCAGAUGCAUUCACUGAGCUAUCAAAAUAUUGGCGUGCGUCACCUAAAGCAGAAGUAGUAAAAAAAUCAUGAUCUUUGUCGAUGUAGUAGUAUAACAGCAUGUUUUGCCUUUGCUGAGUUUCUGUAAUAAGAUAAAGAGACAAGUGAAUAUAUGUUGGGAACAUGAGCAUUUCUGGAUGGAUGUUUUGAUUAGUUUGUUUGCCAUAACAUUAUCAUUACAUGUUAGGGAUUUUUA